GACUCAAAGGUGUUUCUAUUUCUUCUUGCGACAGCCUUUUCUUCCGCCAACCACCUCCAACGGAUAAAUCAAACCGCCUGCUACUUCGUGCAAAUAUACCAACAUCAGAUACACUAGCGCAAAAGCAACUCUCUCCAAAAUGGGUGGCCAGAACAGAGAAGGCGGCAAGGUCAAGCCCUUGAAGGCUGCCAAGAAGCAACAGAAGGACCUCGACGAAGAUGACAAGGCCUUCCUCGAGAAGAAGAGAGCCGACGAGAAGGCACGCGCAGAAAUGGCUAAGAAGGCUGGCGGCAAGGGACCGAUGAACAGCGGUAGCCAGGGCAUCAAGAAGAGCGGCAAGAAAUAAGAUAUUCGCCUUACGAUUCGACCGAAUCCACGAAGCCAUGACGCUCGAGAAGAUAAAUGCAUAAAGCGUGGGCGCUUGAGGAUGGAUAAUGACUUUUCAUACUGCUACUGGGUUUCAUGGGAAUAGUUUUACGCAAUGACUAUCAAUAGAGUCUUCUUUUUUACCUGAUAUGUCGUGGAACCUAUGAUUCGCAGAGAAUCGUAUGUUUUACCUCGGUGAAAACUUCACAUCCCGUCCCUAUUAGUAUUAGCACUAGGCAGGGACCAUGACCAACCAAGUGAAAGCAGCUGUCAACCUCGGAAGCUUGGUCUGACUAUCCCGGCGCCACAAUUCAAUCUCUCAACAAAACGUAUCCGACUUA